ACCGCUUCCUACGGCCACCAUCCACCAAAACACACCAUGGCCCACGCAGAUCAUACCCGAGACCCCUGCCCAUGGGUGAUUCUUUCUGACUUCGGUAGCGCCUUUGCGAUGGGUGCCGUUGGUGGUACCAUCUGGCACGGUAUCAAAGGUGCUCGGAACUCGCCGCGGGGUGAUCGCCUGGUGGGCGCAUUGUCUGUGGUCAAGGCCCGUGCUCCUGUCACAGGAGGGAACUUCGGUGUUUGGGGCGGCAUGUUCUCCACAUUCGACUGCGCUGUCAAGGGAUGGAGGCAAAAGGAGGAUAUGUGGAAUGCAAUCAUUUCUGGCUUCCUAACUGGUGGUUGUCUGGCGGCGCGAAGCGGCCCACGCUCCGCUCUCAGUUCUGCGAUUGCAUGUGGUAUCCUGCUGAGUGUCUUUGAGGGCGUUGGCGUCCUCAUAUCCCGUGUCUUCAAUGAGAACACGCGACCGCAACUACCUCCAAUACCGGAAAGUAUGUCUAUGCAACCUUCAUGAGCAGUUUCUGCAUCCGCCGGAUUCUAGAUACUUUCGCUUUGCUGUCUGUAAACAUUACUCACUACUUUAUGCCCGUUUUCUCUGCCAAACGACCUAUGACGUUUGUGCCUCAAUCGCUGUCUCAUACUCGGCUUCACGCCGUUCCCAGCCCUUUGGAACGGCUUUGGGUAAAUAUACUUUCAAUAUUUCUC